AUGACUAGUGAAAACAAGUGUACUUGGACACCAAACACGACCUUGUUGGAGCCUCAUCAUCAUGAAGAGCUUUUACCUGAGCCAGCGAUCCUAGAUAAUAUACUUGAUCAUAUUGGAAAUACGCCUCUUGUGAAAAUUAAUAGAAUUACAAAGGCUGAAGGAAUUGAAUGUGAAAUUCUGGCAAAAUGUGAAUUUUUUAAUGCUGGAGGGUCAGUAAAAGAUCGGAUUGGAAAACGCAUGGUUGAGGAAGCCGAAAGGGCUGGAAUCAUAAAACCUGGAUACACAUUAAUUGAACCAACUUCUGGAAACACUGGUAUCGGGAUCGCGCUAGCUGCUGCCGUAAAAGGUUAUCGAGCGAUUAUUACUCUUCCAGAAAAAAUGAGUCAGGAGAAAGUCGAUAUACUCAAAGCUCUUGGUGCAGAAAUUAUUCGUACACCAACUGAGGCGGCAUGGGAUUCACCAGAAUCACAUAUCGGGGUUGCUAAACGGCUCAAUAAAGAAAUUCCAAAUUCGAUUAUUUUGGAUCAAUAUUCAAAUCCGUAUAACCCUAUCGCUCAUUAUGAUCAUACUGCGGAAGAAAUUUUGAAAUCAUGUGAUGGAAAGGUAGAUAUGUUUGUUGCGGGUGCGGGUACUGGUGGAACUAUUACAGGUGUUGCUAGAAAAUUAAAAGAAAAGUGUCCAGGGGUUAAGAUUGUUGGGGUGGAUCCAGUUGGAUCACUUCUUGCUGAGAAAGCGAAUGGCGCUGAUGCCCUUAUUUUACCGUACUUGGUUGAAGGUAUUGGCUAUGACUUUAUUCCUGAGACACUUGAUCACAGCGUGAUUGAUGAAUGGGUAAAGUCAGGUGAUAAGGAAUCUUUUAUAAUGGCCCGUCGUCUAAUUCGUGAAGAAGGACUCUUGUGUGGUGGUUCAUCCGGUGCCGUGAUGUGGGGUGCGAUUCAAGCAGCAAAGUCACUGAAAAAAGGUCAACGACCUUUGGUUAUGAUGGCGCGUCCAAAAUUGUGUAUUAAUAAGACAAAUGAUAUUUCUAUCACCUCGACUGCUGAGAUUAACAACUGGCAAUCUGGUCUGAACGAGGCCACUCAAGAGUAUUCAUAUGAAGUUGGUAGUCCAAAACGCACGAAAAAAAAUAAAAAGUGCAAAAAGAACAAGCUCGCUCCAGUCUCUGAUUUACCAGAAGAUUUUGUUCAUACUUAUAACGAUCUUGUUAAUAAACUUAAAUCGACAAAUGAGAAUGAACGUAACAAAAGCAUUGAAGCUCUGGUGAAUCUUAUGGCCACUAAACAUACAAUGGAGCCAACGAUGUUUUCGGAAUUAUGGGAAUGCUUGAUUGAAUGUCUAAAGAUGUCCACAGUGGUCACCUUGCCCUAUACUAUUAGUAAUUAUAUGGCUGUUAUUAAUGACUUAAAUUUAAUACCAUUUAUUAAGUCGUUUUGGAAGGCUGUAGAAAUAGAGUGGAGCAACAUUGAUAGUCAUAGAAUCAAUAAGCUAUAUACUAUAAUCAGAUCUUUUGUUAGAGCAUUUCUCACAAGGAUUGCUCGCGACGAUUUUAAUCAUAUAAAUGAGUCUAUAGGGCCAUUUGAAUCGUCAUUAAGUCCAAAGUCCCCUGACGGAGUUAAAUAUCAUUUAUGUGAUGUGUACGUCGAUGAAUUGGUCUUUGUAGGAGUUUCGGUUAGAUGGAAAAUCCCGGUGGCACAUCUGCUACGUCCUUUCCAAUUACUCCUUGCUAGGAGCCAUAACAAGCAUUUAAUAAAUAAAGUAUCGGAGGAUGUGCUUGAAAGAAUAUUAACUGUUAUUCCAAUUGGCGAAGAGGCAAGUCACAUCAAAUCGGAACUAACAAAAGUCGUAACUAGAAUGAUACAAAUUAUCAAUGAUGUCAAUACGUCUGCAGCAAGUAGAAACAGGGCGAAGAUAGUUGCACAGAAAUACCUUCAAACUAUCACUGAAAUUACUGAUAAAUUGUCAGAUAAUUACAUUAAGGAUAGUACAGUCCCAGCGAACACUUUGGCUGCACCAUCUACCCCACCUCGUGGUAUUCUUAAGCGCAGAUAUGAUCACGAAGAAGGUGCUGAUUAUGAAAUUUAUGGAAUGUCCAAUUUAACCUUAUCGCCUAUGAAAAAGUUUCGUGAGGACAAAAAUAAUGAAUGUUGA